AUGGGCAUGGAAGCCGCUGACCUCAGUCUCAUAGCAGCUGACAACCAGGCGUCCCCUAUAGUACCUGCGGCAUAUAGCGACGGUGGGACCCAACAAAGCAUAGGUAUUGAUAAAGUAAAUAGGAUAGGAGCUCAUAAACAUCGUCAUGCUCAAGCAGCAGCAAAAGCUUCGCAAAUCUCUUUGGCUGGACGAGAAAGUGGCUCUAUAUUGGUAUUUGCUGAACACUCAGAUCGCCUCCUUUGUGAUCCGACUAAUUCCCUGAGGGCAUAUGGUGUCUAUCAGUUUAAGUACGUUUCAACGCCUGCUGAAAGCGAAGCCGAGGUACAGGAAUUGCUUGAUCGCCUCAUGCGGACCGCCAUGAGCGCGUAUGAACGCUCUGUUGAGGUUUAUAUGAACCUUUCUAAUGAUAUGAAGACAGCAUUGAUGCUACGUCAUGUACCAAUGAUGGUUUCACAAGUUGUUGCACUACCUUCUCUCUUGUCAAAGCUCAAGAUUUCUGUUAUGCAAAAGAAAGCGAAUACUGUAGAGAGAGCUUCCAUUUAUUCCUCCCGAAGGAAGAGUGGAACCGCAUUUUUUAAUCCACCACGACCCAUGUUUCUCCCAUCUACUACAAAUUGCCGUAAAAAGGUUCCGAUGCCACAACAGCAACAACUUUCACCGAAGAAUGGAGGCAGGAAACUGUCCUAUGUACAUGUUGCGCGAGAUUUGAAGGGAAUUGGAAAUAUAAGCAGUUCUUCGCGACCUAUAGGGAAUGCGCCAACACUUAGUUUUUGCUCUGUUAGCCACAGCGAUGAAGCUUUGGAGUAUAAAAAAACACGCCAGUGUCCUAGUAAGACUUUUGAAGAUGACGUGAUCGCCGUUUCGGCGGCGGCAAUGAACACUGCUCAGUCUCUCACCGCAUUGGAGCACCCACAGCCGACCGGCCACAGCGAUGCCAAGGACACUUUCCACAGCAAUCGAUUAGAGGAGGUGGUCCAAACUUUAGCUCAGCUCUGGCCGCACUACAGUGACGACGAGCAAGCAAAUCUGAUGCAAUCACGCCCAUACCAGAAACAACAACGGUCUUCAUCACGCGGUGUCUACGAAUCUGCAAGAAUGAAUGGUAAUGGUGUUGAUCAAUGUAAUUCCCAAAUGGGAGAGGAAACCCUUGAAGGUGAUUCCUUUCUUUCUAGUAUGUCAUUAAAAUCACGCCCGACCAUUCAUGUACUUAUUGAUAUCAUUGCUUCACGUAAAGCCCUUGGUGCUAAUCCUUCUCAGAGUAGGCCACAUCAACUGGCACAACUCAUUUACACAGGUCUUCAGCGAUACAGCAAGGCUGCGUGUCUACACGCCUGUAUUGGAAUCAGCGACACAAAUAUUAAGCUAGUAUGUCGUGAUGUGCUUUUUCCACUCCAGGUCUCGCCUUCUGUUGUUAGCAGUGGAACUUCUUUCAGAGGACAUACUGCUAGAACACCACUGCGACGGAGCGGCUCUAUGAUUUACUCAGAGGGGUUAAAUUCUGUGAACCAAACACGUUUGGCAGAACCAGGGAAGAGAACGGGUAAACUAUCACGGUUUAAUAUCCAUAAGGGUGAUACCACUGGUUUUCAUGAUGAUACUAAUGCGACCACAUUCUCUUCUGGACUACUCCCAUGUACACGGCUUCCCCCAGUUGGUGUUGAACUUAUUGACCAAGCACAUCUAUUUAUUUGUAUGCCUUCAAACUUUUUAUAG